UUUCUCCAUUUGCAAAAAAGAGAGGUCGGUGUUAAAUAUUUGGACGUGAAACCAAGCCUCUUAUAUCCGUUGUUUUCUUAUUCAGUGGUUGUUUUUUGUUUUGGACAAUAGAAAUCUGCUCUGUAUUAUAGUAUAAGCACAUUGUGAAGACCAUUUCUGCAGAAAUUUAGCCAGUAUUGUGAACACCGGUGUUCUUCGUUGGGGGUCUUGUCCCGUGUCUUUGUCUCUGAAACCUUGAUAAAGACGGAAAACACAAAAUAAAUCUGAGGUGAUGUUGCAUUAUGCCGACAACAUGUGGUUUUCCUAACUGUAAGUUUCGGUCCCGUUAUCGUGGUUCUGAAGACAACCGCCAUUUCUAUCGUGUUCCCAAGAAGCCUGCCAUUUUGCGCGAGAAGUGGCUACAGGCCAUUGGAAGAACUGAGGACACCAUUGUAAGCCAGGUUUCCCCCCUCACGUUGCUGUUGUAAGUAGUGCACCUCCUACAGAUCAACCAACGAGUCAGCCAGAUUUCAGCUCCGCGUUUGCAGUGGUCAUUUCAAAGGUGGCGAAAAGCGUGAGGGUGACAUUCCAGUUACUGACCCUGACGUUGAUACUCCUGUGACAGUGGACCUGCCUCAGUCUGCCACUUCAGCAAGAAAGCACAUGGACAAAGGCAAACCACAACUCCCCAUCAAAAGACCAAGAUUUGAUAACCCCACAAUGUCUAUCCGAGGACCAAUUCCCAAUGGGCCUAUGCACCCACGUCCCCUUGUGGCUUUGCUUGAUGGUCGAGACUGUUCAGUAGAGAUGCCUAUACUGAAGGAUGUAGCAACAGUAGCUUUUUGUGAUGCACAGUCAACAACAGAAAUCCAUGAGAAGGUUCUGAAUGAAGCUGUAGGAGCCAUGGUUUAUCACCACAUCACACUCAGUCGAGACGACCUGAAGAAAUUUAAAGCCCUACGGGUCAUAGUGCGUUUGGGCUCAGGUUAUGAUAAUGUGGAUAUAAAAGCUGCAGGCGAACUAGGCAUUGCUGUGUGUAAUGUUCCUGGCUAUGGAGUAGAGGAAGUUGCUGAUUCAACAAUUUGCCUUGUACUAAAUCUGUAUCGCCGUACCUACUGGCUUGCCAAUGCACUGAAGGAAGGGAAAAAGAUAUCUGGUCCUGAAGGUUUAAAGGAGGCUGCCACAGGAUCUGCACGCAUUAGAGGAGACACACUAGGAAUUGUUGGAUUGGGACGAAUUGGUACAGCAGUAGCCUUGAGAGCAAAAGUAUUUGGAUUUAAUGUUAUAUUCUAUGAUCCGUAUCUGCCCGAUGGAAUAGAAAAGUCAUUAGGCAUCACCAGGGUAUACACACUGCAGGACCUUCUGUUCCAAAGUGACUGUGUGUCACUGCAUUGCAAUUUGAAUGAACACAACCAUCACCUGAUCAAUGACUACACUAUCAAACAAAUGAGGCCAGGAGCAUUUUUGGUAAACACUGCUCGUGGGGGACUGGUAGAUGAACAUGCUUUGGCUGCAGCCCUCAAAGAUGGACGGAUACGAGCUUCGGCUUUAGAUGUGCACGAAAACGAGCCAUUUUCUUUUACUAAUAGCCCACUGAAAGACUGCCCAAAUGUCCUGUGUACACCACACUCUGCAUUCUUUAGUGAUCAAAGUGUUACUGAACUGAGAGAGAUGGCUGCUGGAGAGAUACGGCGUGCUAUAGUAGGACGUAUUCCAGACAGCUUGCGCAACUGUGUCAACAAGGAGUAUUUCACUGCAGCGUAUCCAGCAGAUGGUAUGAAUGGUUCUGGAUACCCAUACAACCCUAUGAAUGUCCACUCUACCACCAUUGACCCACACCCUGGGGCUCAUGUCACUCCACACAGCACCUUGGGGGAUGCUAACCACCUUUCCAAACCUGAAAGCUCAGAGGUUGAUAUGACAUCAAAUAUGAAAAGAUAACAGAUGGACACCUCACCGAUGUACUGUACAUUCUACUCCUUGGAGUUACUAGCAAAGUGUUUUGAUGAGAUUGUAUUUUGUACUUUAAGAAAAGCUGAAUAGCUAAUGGAGGCUAGUCCGAGUUGAUAAAGAUCUAACAACACAAUGUUGGUGUUGAUGCGUCCAGGAGAGAUUAAAGAUGAGAAAGACCAACUGAUUAUAUGGUUUAUUAUGGAGUUAAACAAUGUGUAAUAUUGAGAAAGAAUGUUAACAGAUAUUUAGCUUCUACUAAGCUUGAAAGAAGAUCAACAUUACACAAAAACUACUGGUGUAAUCCAGAGAAAAAUGAUUAUUUAGUAGAAACUGAUUACACUUAUGAUUUAAUGUCAUUUGUUGGCAUAUAUGUACUAUGUCAUGUAUUAAAUUAAGUACAAUAUUUUUUGGCUUCCCAGAUUUCUUUGCAAGCAAAGCAUCUAAAGUAUUGAUCAGUAGGAAUUUUCACUAAAACAGGGCACUUGAGGCCAUGAUUUCACAAUUUAUUAAAAUGUCCAAUUUUGUGUAUGAUAACAUUUUGUUUGCUUUAAUAUCUUACUAUAAUACUUAGUUUAAUCUGCAGACAAUCAAGAGUUGAAUGCAACUCCUUUGCUUUAUAUGCAAGUUUAUUCUGCUUUAUCUCCCAGCACUGCAAUACUGCAAAGAAAUCUGGGCAACCAAGACAUAGAUAUUAGUAAUAGUAAUGGAAUAUAAGUUGAUAGUUUCCGUGUAGGAUUUUCAGAAACUUCUGUAGUGAACACUUGUAAAGAACCCAGCUGCAAGAGAGGAGUGUGCAGUGUUAAUACAAAAGGUGUGAUCAGUGUCACUGGUGCUCAGCACACAUGUAGCCAUCAUCACAAUAUGGUAUCAGUUUACAUUAUUAUUAUUAUUAUCAUGCAGCUGCAUUUCUGUUCUGAACAUAUUAAUGACGAAGUCUGUUUUAUUUUGUAUUUGUGUUUAGCAUUGAAGAUUCCCUUAGCAAUUAUUAUUAGAUUGUCAGUGUAUUCAUGAUAUGAUCUUCCAGUUAGUUUAGAAGUCGAGGUUAAAAAUAAAGCCUGUCCACAAUAUCA